AACCCGCCCCCUUGCAGCUCUGUGGCCAACGCCUUUGCCCAGGGCUUGCUGGAGCCACGCAGGUUCACAGACUCCAGGGACUGGGCACCUUCCGAGCUGGCAGACGGUGCAUCCAGCUAAUUUCUUACAAGUCUGGCCUUAACAGGCGUAUUGGUGCCUGCCGUGGACGCAUUCCGACCUGGGCCGUAUCUCUUUCUGGAGGCUGAGCCUAUGGUUGGGGCAGAGUGAGGUCGUUGCCUUGACGACGACAGCAUGCGGCCCGUGGUCCUCCUGAGUGUGAGCCUGCGGCAGGCUGAGGCCAAUCUGCCUCCCUGCCUGAUUCACCUAGGACCCGUGACUGUGUCCACAGAAGAAAUCAUAACAGCUCCGGACUUGCUGGUUUGCUAGUCAGCAUCUUUCAGACCUGCGAGCGAGAUGCAUUUCACCUCAAAUUUGUUUCCAGGUUGAAAACCUUUGGGUCUUUCCAUGCGAAAGGAUUUUAAAGAAACAAAUAAACUUGGAGUAGUCAACUCGCUUAAUGUUAGCUUGUGAUAUGCUUCAGGAGAUCUCAGACAUGCCUAAGCAGGAAGAAUUCCUAUUGGUUUUGAAUUAAUAAUGGAAAAAUAUGAGAAUCUAGGAUUGGUUGGAGAAGGGAGCUAUGGAAUGGUGAUGAAGUGUCGGAAUAAAGAUACUGGAAGAAUUGUGGCCAUAAAGAAGUUCUUAGAAAGCGAUGAUGACAAAAUGGUUAAAAAAAUUGCUAUGCGAGAAAUCAAGUUACUUAAGCAACUGAGGCAUGAAAAUCUGGUCAAUCUGUUGGAAGUGUGUAAGAAAAAAAAACGAUGGUACCUAGUCUUUGAAUUUGUUGACCAUACAAUUCUUGAUGACUUGGAGCUCUUUCCAAAUGGUCUAGACUACCAACUGGUUCAGAAGUAUUUAUUUCAGAUUAUUAAUGGAAUUGGAUUUUGCCACAGUCACAAUAUCAUACACAGAGAUAUAAAGCCAGAGAAUAUAUUAGUCUCCCAAUCUGGCGUUGUCAAGUUAUGUGAUUUUGGAUUUGCGCGGACAUUGGCAGCCCCUGGGGAAGUUUAUACUGAUUAUGUGGCCACCCGAUGGUACAGAGCUCCAGAACUAUUGGUCGGCGAUGUCAAGUAUGGCAAGGCUGUUGAUGUAUGGGCCAUUGGCUGUCUGGUAACUGAAAUGCUCAUGGGAGAACCCCUUUUUCCUGGAGAUUCUGAUAUUGAUCAGCUAUAUCAUAUUAUGACGUGUUUAGGUAAUCUAAUUCCAAGACAUCAGGAGCUGUUUUAUAAAAAUCCUGUGUUUGCUGGAGUAAGGUUGCCUGAAAUCAAGGAAACAGAACCUCUUGAAAGACGCUAUCCCAAGCUCUCUGAAGUUGUGAUAGAUUUAGCAAAGAAAUGCUUACAUAUUGACCCAGACAAAAGGCCCUUCUGUGCUGAGCUCCUGCACCAUGAUUUCUUUCAUAUGGAUGGAUUUGCUGAGAGGUUUUCUCAGGAACUACAGUUAAAAGUACAGAAAGAUGCCAGAAAUAUUUCUUUAUCUAAAAAAUCUCAAAGCAGAAAGAAGGAAAAGGAAAAAGGUGAUUCCUUAGGCGAAGAUAGAAAAAUGCUUGUGGUACAGGAUACCAAUGCUGAUCCCAAAAUUAAAGAUUCUAAAGUAUUUAAAAUAAAAGGGCCAAAACCGGACGGAGAAAAAGUUGAAAAAUUCAGUCGAGCUUCAAAUGCGAGCUGUCUCCCUGACAGUGGGAUGAGCCGCAUCACAACCGUGCCUUCUACAAGCCUCAGAGAUUGCAGCAACGGAAGCGUGGAUCACACCAGAAAUCUAGGCGUGGCAAUUCCCCCACUUGCGCACAAUCUUUCCACGGUGGCUCCCGGUGUUAAUUCUGGAAUGGUGAAUAUCCCAGGAGUUCAGAGUCACAGAGUGGAUGAGAAAACCAAGAAGUAUUGCAUUCCAUUUGUGAAACCACAUAAACAUUCUCCAUCAGGCAUUUAUAAUAUUAAUGUGACCACAUCAGUCCCAAGUGAAAAGAGCCUACUUCAGGCAAAUAAGAAAAGAAGGGAAUACUCAAAGACAGAUGUCCAUUUGCCUGAACUGAACUAUAAUCAUCUCCCUGAACUAAGAGCCUUGGAAGGCAUAGCUCGAAAUUCCAGGUUAAUAAGGAAAGAGAACAAAAAUCUCUCAGAAUCUCGAAUUCCUUCUCUGGCCACUAUUGACUUGCACGCCCCCAGUAUUGGAUUACAUCAGGUUUCAGGAUCUCCCCUGUUAGAUGAUUCGGAGGCUGAUUUGCCUCGAAUGGAACACCAGCACUGAGAGUCAUUUUGGUUCUGAACUGGAUGCUACUCUAGCCCUUGAGAUGACAUCUUCUUGUGACCAAAGUGCUGAUAUCCUACAAAGAGAGAUUUGUGGUUUUGGUCAUUUGCUUUUGAACUGCCUGCAUUUUCUGGGAAAGGCCUUGUAGAAGAAAAAAGACAAAGACUUCCAAGUGUUUUGAAGGAAGAUUGAACAAGUGCCCCUCCCCAACUGCUAUCCCAUCACCUUUCAAGUCCACUGUUGCUAUUUCAAGAUAUAUCCAAUGGAAGAAUAGUGAUAUGGUUCUUGUUCCACGAAUGUGUAUUUAUUGUUAGUAGAUUGUGAUUUAAAAUUACCCAAGAUUAAAAAUGAGUUUAAAAAGGGAGAGAGAAACAUUAUAAUGGUUAUGUUAUUUAUGCAUUGAACUCUGUGUUAUCUGUAUAAAUGUGUACAUUUACUUAGGAAUGGGUUUGGUGGUGGUAGGUGAUAAAAACUAGGAUCAUUUGAAGAAAUGAAAAAACUAGGAUCAGUAAGAGAAAAUGUUUCCUUUACCAUAACUUACCUAUUAAUAUACUUUUAAAAAGCUUGCUUGUUUCUAGGCUUUAAGGAGAUAUGUAACUGCUCUCUAUGGAUAGAUGUAUAUCUUUGGUUUCUGUGAUUAUCGUGAUUGAUGUUUGAUCAUUGUACUAUGGGAAUCUGGCCUCUCUGCUGAUCUUCUAUGAACCACACUGGUCCAAAUUUCUCAAAGAAGCCUUUUCUUUCUCAUGACUUAGUAUGACUCUGACAUCGGGUAGUCCUCUGUAUUGUGAGAUUCUGGAGCCAGUGUUCCUGCGUGCGGGAACAUGAUUAUGGAAUGAGAAUAGUGAAGGAGAAUUUUGUAGGUAUACCUUGGAGUUGAGGACUAUGCUUCUCUUCUUGAAAGGGGAAGUAUAUACAUACAAAACCAGGAGAUGGGAAGCAGUGUUACUGAUUGACUAGGACUGGUUACUUUUCUCUAGGCCAGUUACUGUUGAACUCCCCAGCUGAAGAGGCUUUGGGGAGGAAGUGUCCACUGUUAUGGACCUCACUCCUGUCCACUGAUAGUUUGAAGGUGAUAUCAAACAGAACCCAGAGAAUGCUCCUGUCUUCUCAUUUCCUCAAACACAUAGGCCUUCCCAAAAGCUCUUCACGAACAUGCAAAAAUAUCUACCUACAUACAGUCCACACACCGUUUCUCAUGCCCCAGUCCAUGACUUCCAGGUGGGAAGUUUAAGCCAAUUUGGCUGUAGGUUUUUGGCUUCUAGGUUGCUGGUCACACUCUGAAUUUAUUUUAGAGAAUGGCUGUUAAGGGGACCAGAAUUUGUGUGGGUUUUUUUUGCCUUAACCAGUUAACGAUGUGUUGUUUUUUCCAAAAGGCAUUGACUAAAACUUAGCCCAAGAAUUUAACUAAUACUCUUUUCUAUUACUCUGAGGAGCUUAAUAGUAAAAUUCUGACCUUAGAUACUUUGUCCUCAAAAAAGCAGGACAUUCAGGAGGAGGCAAAAUGAGAGAUUCCAAUGUAGAAGUCUAUAGGUGGCUCAAUUAAAAUUUGGUCUUGAUUUUGAAACUCUAUUUUUAACCUCUGACCAGGUGUUUGACUACAUUGGUAUGGCUAAUAUGCUAAAGACAGUUAAUGUAUAGACAUUAAUAGGCUUCACAUUAAGAUAUUGUUUCAUUUUUACUUAAAAAAUAUUGCCAAUAGACUGUACAGUAUGGAAAGAAGACAAUAUUUUAAAGUCAAGUGGCUUUCCAGCUUAUUUCAAUGUUAUUUUUAUUUAAAGAUCAGUGUAAACAUAUCACCUCAAUGACUGAGGAUCUAGGAUCAAUUACCUUUUUGUCUCUGUAUUUGCUUUUGGUGUAUUUUGCCUAUUGACACAUUUUGUGAACUUUAGAAUUAAGGAACUAAAAAUUAAAUACUGUAAGUGCAAGUUGAGAUUCAAAGAUCAUAUCUGGUUAGAACCUUGGCAGAACUACUUGAAAAAGAAGAUUUUGCAAACUGGGCCUAUAGAUACUGAACCAAAGUAAUUCUUUCUUUCAGCUUAAGAUUACUUUGCUCUCCUUAGAAGAAUAUGGUUAAGCAUAAUAGGAAAUAUGUAUACGUAUUGGUGGGGAGAAAUGGGCUUGCUGUGUGGAUGUAUGUUUUAAAAUGAAUAAAUAUUAUACCUUACUGAGCUCCA